UGAGGUCUCACGUUCCAUGAAAAAGAUACAUGAGCUAGCACUUUCAUCUAAGCAGGUAAACUUGAGCGAAAUCAUCAAGAAUGUAAUGCUGGCUAUCAUACUGCGAGUGGGUUUUGGCAAGAGGUAUGAAGAUGCACUUGAGUGGAAGAGGGUUUCUCGGCUUAUUGGCGAACUUCAGGCGGCAAUAACAACCUUUUUCAUUUCGGAUCUUUGGCCUGGUUUGCCUUUUGUGGGUUUGAUUGAUAGGCUAAUGGGCAAGAUGGAACAGCUAGAAAAGUGCUUCCAUGAUUUAGAUUCGUUUUACCAAGAACUAAUUGWUGAACACCUCGAACCUCAAAACUCCAAGCCUCAUGACGAAGAGCUGGACAUCAUUGACAUUUUAAUUCAACUCAAGAAAGAUCAAGUCUUGAGUCCCUUUGAGCUCACUUCCGAUCACAUAAAAGCCAUGCUAGCGGAUGUAUUGGUAGCCGGAACAGAUGCAAGUGCUGCUACAGUGAUUUGGGCGAUGACAGCACUAAUGAAGAACCCGAAAGUGAUGAAGAAAGCACAAGAAGAAGUAAGGAUUGUGGUUGGAAAGAAAGGUCAAAUAGACGAAGACGAUCUUCCAAAACUCACCUAUCUGAAGGCAGUGGUAAAAGAGAUCAUGAGGCUAUACCCUCCAGCUCCCCUUUUAGUACCUCGAGAAACAAGGAAAGAUGCCAUUUUGYAUGGCUAUCAAAUCAAACAGAAAACCCUAGUUUAUGUGAAUGCAUUCGCYAUCGGAARAGAUCCGGAAUCUUGGGAGAACCCGGAAGAGUUCUUACCAGAGAGGUUUUUGGGAAGUGAUGUUGACUUUAGAGGGAGUGAUUUCAAGUUGAUCCCAUUUGGGUCUGGUCGAAGAAUCUGUCCUGGAAUCUCAAUGGGAGCUAUCUCGACAGAGCUUUUGCUUGCUAAUCUUGUUUACUUGUUUGACUGGGAGUUGCCGAAUGGUAUGAAGAAGGAAGAUAUAGACUUUGAGUUUACGCCAGGGAUAACCAUUCACAAGAAGAAUGAACUUUGUCUUUCACCCCAAGUGUAUUCGUAAAAAGUUUAUGAUUCAAGGGUGAUUUUUACUUUGCU